UAAACUUAGCAAAGCAGACCGUUCUGUGACUGCCUAGCUUAGCAUCUUGCGGAUUCGCCGAUUCGCGGGUUAUUUUAAAUAGCCGACGGUAAUGGUGCCUCGGAGCGAUUUUGAUGGGUUCUACGCGAAUGCAGACCCUGUAGAAGAAAGAGGUCGUCGCGUAGCAGGAGAUAAUCCUGCUUCUAGGGCGGAUGAACAAGCGUCUCGUUUUAGGCAAAAUGAAGCACAAUCCGUAGCUCCAGCUACAAAUGCACCAGGAGGUAAUCCGCUCUACGUAGGAUCCGCUGAAGCCGUUCCCAUCCACUGGCAACACGAACCGUACUCUCAUCCCGAAUCCGAUUCCGUUCUAGCCAAUCAGAAUUCGUCACCUAUCCCAGCCGAUACCACUUAUUUUUCAGCCGUUGAGCCCCCAUCGAUCUCGCCUGACGUCAUCAUGGCCUCAGGACCAGAACGCCGGUUCGCGGCUCCUGCAGUGACGCCACUAGGAGAUGGUACUGGAAUUUUAGCUAGCAUUAAGAAUCUAGAUGGCAGUGAGGACGCGGUUGACGAUCACGCCAUAGCAGCCGCUCUCCAAGAGGAAUAUCUUAAAACGGGAACAGAGCGAAACGCUCACCAGAUUCUUGUACCCGAGUCCUCGUCAAACGAUCCUGCCAUAGCAGCAGCUUUGCAGGAGGAGUACCAUAAAACAGAUUCCCCCCUCGAGCGCGAUCCGACAGAGCAUGUCUCAGACGACCACGCCAUAGCAGCAGCCCUACAGGAAGAGUAUUCUAAAAUGAAGACUGAGGGAAACAGUAGCGGGGAGUCUCUAUCUCAGUCGUCUUACCAACCAGAAGGUCCAGCAGAGCCUGUCUCAGACGACCACGCCAUAGCAGCCGCCCUACAGGAAGAGUAUUCUAAAACGAAGACUGAGGGAAACAGUAGCGGGGAGUCUCUAUCGCAGUCGUCUUACCAACCAGAAGGUCCAGCAGAGCCUGUCUCAGACGACCACGCCAUAGCAGCCGCCCUACAGGAAGAGUUCCUCAAGGAAGCCGAAUCAGAAGCGGACUCAGGCAGCAGAGGCUGGGGAGCCUCUGGCUCGGGAUCAGCAGUGUCAGGCUCAGGAUCGUGGAUUGGAGGCGCGGAGGAUUGGCUCCGGGGAAUAUUUCCGACCCUGGCUGGGCCGGGAAAAGAUCCGGGGAGGUUGUCAGGUGUGGAUGCACCGAGGCAAGGGAGGGUUGCUAGUAAGGGCGUGUUGCCUGCACGGAGGAAUUCGCCUGGCGGAAGGGGUUCCCCAGCCACAAGACGUUCCCCAGCUAGGGGAAUUUCCCCCAUGAAAUGGCUGUCUCCAGUGGGUCGGAGGACACCAGAGGGGAGGAAUGUAGCUGGGGAACAGGAGGCAGCGCCGCUUGACGCGUUGCCAGUGGCACCUGCAGGUGCUGCUGCGACAGCAGGGGCAGCACCAGCAACAGCAGCAGCAGCAGAAGCAGCAGCAGCAGCUGGACAAACAAAUAUUGACUUCUCUCCAAUUGAACCUGCUGUAUCCAGCCGUAGCAAUCAACUAAGGCCAUUGGAAGGUCCUGUUGAGUGUCUAUUGAGCCCAUGUGUAGGCCCUCCUGGGAGUCAGUCAAGCCCGUGGAUUGGCCCUGGCGCUGCUCCUGAACCCAGUCCGCUCACCAGGUCGCUGUCAGACCCCUCUUUAGUCACACUCGCCUACCAUCACAUCCAGGGGGAUAGUACUGCCUCUCCUCGUCGUGACAAUGAGGAGGAGAGUCCGACUGUGUCGCCACAGGACGCCCCAUGGGUGAACCCUUCGUUACAGUCAACCCCUAUACGGUCACCCCGUCUUGUAGGAUCGUCUCCUUUCUCUCCUGGUGGCGAGUACCCUGCGCAUGGCCCCCCAGGUGCUCCUGUUUCGGGACCUUCUGUUGCAGACGGUGUUACAUGGGUUGAUGACCCACCAGGGGCUCCUGCUGCUGUACCAGGUUACCCUUCCCCUCCUCCCGCGCUGGCUGCGCCCCUUUCCUCCCCCGUUCUUGAUUUCUCUUCAUCCCCACCUGUGCCGAACCGAAGGCUGGUGCUGCAGAUGGCAGAGAGGGAGAGGGAGAGGGAAAGGGAAAGAGAAAGGGGAAUGGAGAUGGCAGAGAGGGAGAGGGAGAUGGAGAUGGGAAGGGUGAGGGAGCAGGGCCAUCCGGAGCAGUAUGGGAGGGCGGGUCGGGAGGAGCAAGGGUGGGGAGAGCAGCAGGGGCGGGCUUGGAUGGAUGGCAGGGCAGCAGAUGCUGCAGCAAACAAGGCAGCUUGUACUGCAGCAGAUGCUGUAGGAGACAGGGCAACAGGUACUGAUGCAGCAUCAGAUGCCCUAUCUUCUGCAGCAGCAGCAGGGGAUGGUGGCCUGCCUGCCCAUUUGGGAGCUGCUGCGCAGAAAUCCGGCGUUUUCGAUGAAGACGAUUAUGUGGAUUCUCCAGGGGAGGAGGUUGAUGGGGACCUGGCUCUGGCUAUGGAGCUGGCUUCGGAGGAACUGAACAAUGCUGGUUUGACCAGCAAUGAGCCCCCAAGCGGAGGACGGUCGAUUAAGAGGCUUUUUACUCGAUCCAACUCCGUGCUUCACAGCAUGCGUGUGAACAGUGGCAGACUGCCAUCGUUGAGAGAGAGUCUAUCAAGCCACCAGACGCUCACAGAGAGGCUCGCAGUCUAUGGGCUGAGGGAGCUGCCUAUGGUGGGAGAUGGAAACUGCCAGUUCCGUGCCCUUGCCGACCAGUUGUUUCGCAACGCCAAUCGCCAUGCGGCCGUGCGGCAAGCGGUGGUGCAGCAGAUGCGGGCCCACGCAGAGCGCUACUCGCCCUAUGUGCCGGAUAGCUUCCCCCGCUACCUCAGACACAUGGCCAGGAAUGGCGAGUGGGGCGAUCACAUCACUCUGCAGGCUGCUGCAGACAAGUACGGGGCAAAAGUCAACCUUAUCACGUCCUAUCCGGGGGACAAGUUCCUCAUUGAGAUCUUUCCUUGCGAUGGCAAACCCACCAAAGAAUUGUGGCUUAGCUUCUGGGCCGAAGUGCACUAUAACUCAGUCUACAGUGCUGAAAGUCUUCCUCCAGUGCCACCCAAGAAGAGGCACUGGUUGUUUUCUUGAGUUGCAUUACUAUGUACAUUUACGUUUCGGGUGUAGUCAUUGUGAGAGAAUUGUUUUCUACACCAGAGAACUGCAAUUAAAACCACAGGCUAAAAUAGCAAAGGGGGGCUUCAAGAGCGCCGUUCUUGAAGAUGGCUCUUUUGAAAAAAAACGGGUUCCCAGCACUAUUUUGCGAGGUGCGUUUUUGGGCAGCUGAACAAUGAUAGAAACGUAGUGGCGCCGAUUUGACGCGUGUGCGACGAGGCGGGAAACGCGUGCGCGACUCAUUUGACUUUUUGCCAAC